AAAGAGGAACAGAUUGCGUGCGGGCAGCAGUCGAAAACAGAGCUUCGAAUCGAACGGUGCCACAAAAACUACCAGCAUCCAUUUGUUGACAAGUGCAUCAAAGCUUAGAGAGCCAGAGACUACGCCAAAAAUAUCAAAAGUGUCCGAUUCCAGUGUGCGAUGAACUUGCUCAUGGAUAGCCUGCCGUCGCAUGCGAAUUCCGCCGUGCGUCGCACAACGCCGCCGCAACAGCAGACUGAGCUUCGCAUCUCCACCAGCCCCACAGCAACAUCAGCAGCAAUGACACAGCAGCAACAUCAGCAGCAACAUCAGCAACAUGCCAACAACAACAUUAACAACAAUAACAACAACAACAAUGAAACGCCAAGCGUAAAAACGACAUUGAAACGCUCCUUUGAUGUGGCCUUUCUAAUGAUGCCCGAUGAGCGCAUCAAGCAGAAACAGGCCGAGAAGCAGGCACGCCUGCAGGAGGCACUGCAGCAACAGCAGCCGCUGCAGUUGCAUCACUUUCCCACGGAUCUGUCGCCGCGUGCUGCCGCAUCACAGCCGCCCUCGCCGGCAGCUCUGGAGUAUAUUAGUCUGCUGGAGGCGCGCCAACGCUAUCCACAGCUGAUGAUGCGCUCGCCGCGUGUCUAUGAUGAUCCCACGCUGGUCAUACCGCUGGUGGACUCGCCAGAGGCAACUGUGUCGCCGCCGCCGCAGCCGUUGCGCAGCGCGUUCACCAAGGUGGCCUCCUCGCUGUCCAGCUCCUCGUCGCCCUCGACGGUGUCGCGGCUGGAGUCGCCGGUGGAUGUGAGCGCACCACCGCUCAGCCCGGAUCAGUUGAGCUGUCAUUCCAUGAGUCCACCUGUAGUGGCCACGCCUCCACCGCGCACUAGCAGCGGCGGCGGAGGUGGAGGUGGCGGUGGCGGCAAUAAUGCUACAACGCCCAACACUUUACCCAACGGCAAUCCCAUCAUGUAUCACAACUUUCGGCCCGAAUAUCAGUUCAAUGGCGCCUUUCAGGCCGUGAAUCCCAUGCAGGCACUCCAGGCACAGCAGCGACUCAAGCAGCAGCUGCUCUACAGGCCGCCCACGGCGCCAAAUGGCCACAGUCCCAAUGGCUGCCCAUCGAAUCCCUCGUCACCGCCAACGGGUCCGCCACCGGAGUUCCUGCAUGCCGCUUAUCCAGGCUUUGGUCAUCCUCCGCAUCCCUUUGCGGUGGCUCAGCCACUGCAGAAUCCCGCUGCAGCUGCGAUUCUAUCCACGCUCAUACCACCGACGCUGGCCUCCACCUUCACGCUGACCGCACAGAAUGUGUGUGCCAAGUGCAACAUAAGCUUCCGCAUGACCAGUGAUCUGGUCUACCACAUGCGCUCCCACCACAAGAGCGAGGUGGCUUGCGAUCCGAAUCGGCGCAAACGAGAGGAGAAAUUGCGCUGUCCCGUCUGUCAGGAGACAUUCCGCGAGCGACAUCAUCUCACGCGGCACAUGACCGCGCAUCAGGACAAGGCCAGCGAUCAUCAGCCAACGCCGGAGGAGUCCAACAACGACAAUGAGAUUAUCAAUGUGGUUGGCGGCACGCCGCCAGGACGCAGAUCAGGCGGUGGCUCCAAAUGAUCCAAACAUUUCUUCGGAUACUUUUAAGCUGCAGCGCGUUUUGUUAGUCUAGUCCGUAACACUCCUCCCCCCCACCCCACAUCCAGAAAUGUUUCUCCAUUGUGAUAUUAAGUUUAGUUCAUGCCCAAUUUAAGUUUCACCAUUAGCCAUAAAUAUAGUGCAAUUCUUAUCUCGUAAAGUCCACUAUCUAAAAUAUCUGCUUAUUCCCCAUCGGAUUAGCUCUAGGCAGCGUCUACUCGAGCUGCCUCGUUUUUUCUUUGUAAAUUACUAGACCUAAGUUUAAUGCUCCAACAAUUUAACAUUUGAUGUGUGACUUAAUGUUUAAAUAAAUAUCUGAUUG